AAUAGCCAAAUGAUUUGAUACAUACCCUUUGUUAAUUAUUAUUUUAAGUUUGACGUGAUUAACAUAAACAAACGUUCUACUAUUAUUGAAAACUCAUGAUCACAUCAAUGCAAGUGGCUUGCGUUAUGAUUUUAGUUGAUUGAAUUAUUAUUAGAUGAAAGCAUUAAUUAUUUCCUUCAUAUUCUAUAUCAUUUUAAUGGCUGAUACAAGAGCUAGUAAAUUGCCUGUCGUUAUCAAUACAUGGCCUUGGACCAAACCAACUUUGCAAGCAUUUAAAGCUUUGCAACAGAAUCUGUCAUUAAUUGAUGCUGUCGUAGCAGGGUGCACAGCAGCGGAAGAAGAUAGAAGCAUUCCAACUGUUGGUUGGGGUGGAAGUCCGUCAGAAAACGGUGAAACAGCACUGGAUGCAAUGGUUAUGGAUGGUGUUACACAUAAUGUUGGUGCAGUUGGUAGCAUGAAGAGUAUUAAAAAUGCAAUUGGAGUUGCCCGACAUGUUUUGGAGAAUACUCAACAUACUUUUUUAGUUGGUGACGAUGCGACAAAAUUUGCUGUACAGAUGGGGUUUAAGUUAGAAAAUAUAAGUUCUGAUGAAUCAAUUGAGGAAUGGGAAAAGUGGAAGCAAAACAAUUGUCAACCGAAUUUUUGGCAGAAUGUGUCUCCUGAUCCACGUUCUCAAUGUGGUCCGUACACACCGCUAUCAAGUGCAACCUUAAGCUCUUCUAAUGGAAUGAAGUUUAGUGAAGAUAAUCAUGACACAAUAGGUUUGUUAGUAGUUGGUGAAAAUGGCAACAUAGCUGCAGGGACGUCAACGAAUGGAGCAAAAUUUAAAAUUUCGGGGCGUGUUGGUGAUUCACCCAUAGUAGGUGCAGGUGCUUACGUGGAUAACGAAGUAGGGGCAGCGUCUGGAACAGGUGAUGGUGAUAUCAUGAUGAGAUUUCUACCAAGUUAUCAAAUCGUGGAGAACAUGCGUAAUGGUAUGACACCAACUGCGGCAGCUGAGGAUGCUUUGCGUAGAAUAAUCAAAUAUUACAGCAAGUUUGAAGGUGCAUUGAUUGCCGUCAAUAAAAAGGGAGAUUAUGGUGCAGCCUGCUAUGGGUGGACAUUUGAAUAUUCAGUUGUAAAUCCGAUUCUUGGCUCGGUUCACAUUGUACAAGUUGAACCGAUAAAAAGUUGAACGGACUGAAAACUGACUAAAAUGUAUCAAGAAAUUGGAAAAUAAAAAAUAAAUGAAAAAAGACUGGAAUAAUCAGAGUUUUUAGCUAGCAUUCUUAAUACUUGAUAUAUAAACGAACCAUUGUAUAUGGGACUUAUAGAGAAUAUUGUUUCGCUUUUGACGCGAAAUACAUGUUUUUUAUAAGUAAGUGAAUCCAGAUAUGCUUAUGCGAAAAACACAAUCAUGCUUACAGUAUGCUUUUAUGAGAGAAACAAAUGCAAUAAAAUCAGAUGAUCCCGUUUUUACCUUUCUAAGAAAAGCCACAAAACAUAUGAGUGAAACCCGGGGAUUUAUUUACGCGAUAGCAAUAAGUACCACCCCAUGCAGAGAUUACAGAAACCGAAGAGGAAGAAAAACAAGAUGGUGAUACCGACGAUAUAGGCGUAUUUGUAAACAACUCUCAUCCCAAAUCUCCAAAAUUUUAAUUUAACAAAACUUUAUGGUUGUUGCUGCAGCAGCAGUGACGAUAACUGGGCAUGCUGUUGUUCUUCGUACUGUCGCACUUGCUGUCCAUCGUAUUCCCAUGGCAAUAUUUAGGGAACACAUUUGUUACACUUAAUUUUUAUAAUGAUUUUUCUUUUGUGGAAUGUAAGUUCAAAAUAUUUAUAUUCUUUGUCAGCUUAUGCGCAAAUAAACUGUGAUCAAUCCAA